GGGCCUAGGAACUGCCCAGCAACUGGCCUGUGGAGCUGUGGCCCCUGCCAGCCAAGAUGCCAUCUGAGCCAGGGACAGGAAACAUGACAUUUCAGGCUCUGCUCAACACAAACAGCAUUCAUGAGCUGGAAGGGCAGCGGCCUUCAGAAAGGCGGACAGCUCACACUCAGGGCCUUAUGUGUAUAGCUCUGUUCUUGGAAUCCUCUGGUGUCUGGAUCAUGACCAGCCAGAAAGGCAUACUUGGCCUCCUGGGCUGCUCUCCUCCCAGGCCUCUGAAUGCCCUCUAUAGAGGAGGAUACCUCAAUUGGCUGGCCCUCACUGUCAGAAGUGAAAAAAAAGAAGAAGAAGUCAGCUCAUCCCCAGCGCUGGAGGGAAAGUCCAGAAGGGAAGACGAGCUGGCCUACGUGUGCAGUGCACAGAGAGCACAGACCAGUCAUCAGAGUGUGUAACAGCAGUCACAGACAGAGGCCAGAAGGCAUGCUGCCAUCCCGCUGGGGCCGGAGGAACCACCCCAUCAACGUGAACCAUUACGCCAACAAGAAGAGCGCUGCCGAGAGCAUGCUGGACAUCGCACUGCUCAUGGCCAACGCGUCGCAGCUGAAGGCUGUGGUGGAGCAGGGCCCUGCCUUCGCCUUCUUCGUGCCCCUGGUGGUCCUCAUCUCCAUCUCCCUGGUCCUGCAGAUCAGCGUGGGGGUGCUGCUCAUCUUCCUUGUAAAGUAUGACCUUAACAACCCAGACAAGCAUGCCAAGCUGGACUUCCUGAACAACCUAGCCACAGGACUGGUAUUCAUCAUCGUGGUGGUCAACAUCUUCAUCACUGCCUUCGGGGUUCAGAAGCCUGUCCUAGGGGUGGCGCCCCAGGAGUAGGGUGCCCAGACCCUGAGUGGCUGGUCACCCAGAGCCCAGGACUGCAUUCCCUCAAGGCGUCCACCUCCCUGUGUGUAGCACACCGAACCUGCCAGGCCAGCUCCUGGAACAAGUCUCUGCUCCCACUGUGACUGCUGCAAUGUGGGGGCUGGAUGCAAACCCCAGAAGGCCAGAACUGGAGCGUCUCAGAUACUUGCCACCUGGGGACACAUAGCAAAUCCAUGGACAGGCUGGAUGAGGAACCAGCCGGCCUCUGUCGCAGGCCGUUCCAGAUGGACAGGGAGCUGCUCCUCCCCUUGCCAAUACACCAGCAUCCCCACUUCCUAGGGGGCCUGCCAGGUUCCCCUGGUGACCACUGCCUCUGUUGUUUUCUAACCCAGAGGCACAGGGGACCAGCACCCCAGGGGACCCAGUGGUGGCCUUGGGCCACAGCCUCAGUGUCUGGGCUAUGCAGCUAUCAGGAGGUGGCUGUGUCCUCUUGGCCCCUGAAUUGUGUUCAUGCCUUCUACCCACAGUGACUUGGCAGAGCCCCAGCCCAUCCCUAGGCAUCUAAGUGCCCAUUAAUAGGAAUGACCAACAAAGCUGGGCUCUGGGCACUGUCCUCCCUGCCUGGGGUGGGACUGUGUUGGGGUCCCUUCCCUUCCUUAAGCCUCAGAGCACACAGCUCAUCCCAGUGCCUUCCCCAGAAAGUCAGGGUUGGGGACCUCUUUGGCUCCCAGCCUAUCUCAGGAUGCGGUUUAGAGGCAGAGGAGCCUGGGUCAGAGGCUCAAAUGCCUUGCUGCUUUUCUCUCUUAAUUUUUUUUUUUUUUAUAAUUUUGAGACAGGAUCUCACUAAGCUCCCCAGGCUGGUCUUGAACUCCUU